AUGAAAGCCCAGGCGGCAAGUUUGCCGUUCACUCCCAUCUACGCUGCCAUGGCGGCAAUUGUCAACACCAAGCUGCCGCAGGUCGGAGAACUCCUCUUGAGUAGGUUGAUUAUCCAGUUCCGGAAAGCUUUCAAGAGAAACGAUAAGGCGGUCUGCAUAUCAUCGACGACAUUCAUCGCCCAUCUGUGUAACCAACAAGUGGUGCACGAAAUGCUUGCGGCCCAGAUUCUGCUUCUUCUGCUUCACAAGCCCACUGAUGACAGCGUUGAGAUUGCCGUGGGGCUGACGCGAGAAGUUGGCCAGCAUCUGGAGGAAAUGAGCGGUCCGAUUGCCUUGGCCGUAUUUGACCAAUUCAGGAACAUCUUACACGAGGCCGAUAUCGACAAGCGCGUGCAGUAUAUGAUCGAAGUACUUUUCCAGGUGCGCAAGGAUCGAUAUAAGGAUAAUCCUGCCAUCAAGGAGGAACUUGACUUGGUGGAGGAGGAGGAUCAAAUCACCCAUCGGAUUGGGCUGGAUGACGAGAUUGAAACUCAAGACGGUCUAAACAUCUUUAAGUACGACCCUCAGUGGGAGGAGCAUGAGGAGGCCUACAAGAAGCUGAAGGCAGAGAUUCUUGGUGAAGGCAGUGAUGACGAAGACGAGAGCGGCGAAGAUGACGAGAGCUCAGACGAGGAGUCCGAAGAAGAACGACAGAUGGACAUCAAAGACCAAAGCAAUACGGACCUUGUGAAUCUGCGCCGAACGAUUUACUUGACUAUCAUGUCCAGUAUUGACUUUGAAGAAUGUUGUCAUAAGUUGAUGAAAAUCUCGUUGCCAGCGGGCCUGGAACCUGAACUUCCUUCUAUGAUCAUCGAAUGUUGCUCUCAAGAGCGGACGUACUCCAAGUUCUAUGGUCUUAUUGGUGAACGAUUCGCGAAAAUUAAUCGCCUCUGGUCAGACCUGUUUGAAAACGCAUUCGCCAAAUAUUAUGACACGAUACAUCGAUAUGAAACCAAUCGGCUGCGCAAUAUCGCACGUUUCUUCGGCCAUAUGCUGAGUACAGAUGCACUUGGCUGGCAUGUUCUGUCAGUCAUCCACUUGAACGAAGAAGAAACAACGUCGAGCAGCCGUAUCUUUAUCAAGAUCCUUUUCCAAGACCUUGCUGAACAUCUUGGUCUUCCAAAAUUGCGAGAACGAAUGACAGACGAGCUUCUGCGCCCAAGCUUUGAGGGUCUGUUCCCGACGGACAACCCACGCAACACCCGUUUCUCAAUCAACUACUUCACCAGCAUCGGUUUCGGUGUCUUAACAGAGGAAUUGCGCGAGUUCUUGAAAAAUAUGCCCAAGCCCGAAGUUCCUGCUCUGCCACCUGCGCGGUCGCCAUCUGUCAGCUCCCGCUCAUCCUACUCAUCCCGUUCUCGUUCGAGCUCUUACUCAUACUCUCGCUCCCCAUCUUAUUCUCGCUCUCCUUCUCGCAGUCGCAGCAGGAGACGUUCAAUCAGCAGAGGCAGGUCCUAUUCGCGGUCUGUGUCCGGCUCAUCGCGCCGAAGCUAUACCCGAAGCUCUUAUACCCCCUCGCGCUCUAGAUCACCCGCGCCGCGAAGCCGCCGCCGCUCAGUCUCAUACAGUCGGUCUCUAUCUCGCAGCCGCAGCUCACCCCGUCGAACUCGCCGUGGACGUACGGACUCUCGAUCCCCGCCUCCACGCCGUAGUUUGAGCCGCAGUGUCUCUCGCUCCCUCACUCCACCUCGACGAGGCGGAAGAGCCCGUAGCUACUCCAGGUCACCCUCCCGGUCACUCUCCCGGUCUGUCUCCCCGCCACCCCGCCGAGCAUCUGCCCGUAGACGCUACUCGUCAGAGUCGAUUUCGCCUCCUGGACGGGCCAGGAGGAGCAUUCCCGGAUCCCGCUCGCCGCGACGCCCACCGCCCAGCCGUCGGGCCAGAAAUUAUUCUGUUUCUCGAUCGCCUAGCCCUCGGUAUGGUAGAAACCAGCGCCGACGGAACUCCAGCCCAUCGCGAUCUCCGUCUCCCCCACCCCGUCGGCGCCCGCGAUCUCCUUCAACGCCGCCUCGUCGGUAG